CCUCUUUUACUCCACACACGCUUCUAAGCCUCGGCACAUCUCCUCACAUCGCUACUAACUACACUUUAUUCAUCCUCCGUGUCAGGAUAAACUCCACUCGUCUCAGUCAACUUUGGACAUUAUUAGGCCCGCUUAGCUUGCUACUUGUUUUAGCGCGCUAGUUAGCUUAGCAUGCUAGUUAGCUUAGCUUGUUAGCUGCUAACCAAGAGACGCGGAUUUGAUCAACACAUCGCUUAGUUAAGAUCAAGUGUGAGUGUAAAGUGUUGUGAUUGUGUGAAAAUGUGCGAAAGAACGAUGGCAGAGUACAAAGAAGAACUUUCUCGAACAAAAGAAGAGAAUAAGAGACUACUUCAACUACUGGACGCUGUUUUCAAGAAACCUCAAGUUGUGUUACACAGAACAGACGUCUGUGAAAAAUAUCGUCCACCUGAGCAGCAGGAGGGGUCCUCCAGUGUGGAGCAGAAGAGGUCACAGCACUUCCACGUGAAAGAAGAGGAGCCACAGCCCCCCCACAUUAAAGAUGAAGAAAAACAGCGGCUGUCCCCCCACUUCAUAGAGGAAGACAAGAGACACCUCAUCAGUGUGAAGAGUGAAGAUGAUGAGGUCAAAGGUGAGAGUGAGGAGAAGAGAGAGGCGGAGCCUCCAAGCAGCAGCUCAACUCAACACAUGACAACAGAAGCUGAUGGAGACCACUGUGGAGGAUCACAAGCAGACAAGCUCUUAGCUCCACUAUCAGAUAGUGAGGACACAACGUCACACUCUCCUGACACUGAUGAUGAAGACUCUAAAGAUGAUAAGACAUGUCACACUGACAACACACACUUCACAUGUUCUCACUGCGACAAAACUUUUAAAUACCAUUGUCGUCUAAAAAGACACAUGAGAACACACACUGGAGAAAAACCUUUUUCCUGCUCAGAAUGUGGAAAAAGUUUUGUAACAAAUACACAUUUGAAAAUACACAUGACAACACACACUGGUGAAAAACCUUUUUCAUGUUCAAUCUGCGGUAAAGAUUUUACUCAAAGGUCCCAAUUAAAAUCACACAUGAGAACGCACACUGGUGAAAAACCCUUUUCCUGCUCAGAAUGUGGUAAAAGUUUUGUAACAAAUCAAAGUUUAAAAAUACACACGAGAACACACACUGGUGAAAAACCUUUUUCCUGCUCAGAAUGUGGUAAAAGUUUUGUAACAAAUCAAAGUUUAAAUAUACACAUGAGUACACACACUGGUGAAAAACAUUUUUCCUGUUCAGAAUGUGGUAAAAGUUUUGUAACAAAUCAAAAUUUAAAAACACACACGAGAAUACACACUGGAGAAAAACCUUUUUCCUGCUCAGAAUGUGGUAAAAGUUUUGUAACAAAUCAAAGUUUAAAUAUACACAUGAGUACACACACUGGUGAAAAACCUUUUUCCUGCUCAGAAUGUGGUAAAAGUUUUGUAACAAAUCAAAGUUUAAAAAUACACAUGAGAACACACAAUAGGUGAGAAACCUUUUUCAUGUUCAAUCUGCGGUAAAGAUUUUACUCAAAGCCCCCAAUUAAAAUCACACAUGAGAACGCACUCUGGUGAAAAAAUAUAUUUCUGUUCAAGCUGCAACAAAGGCUUCCGUCACCUAAACACUCUUACAGUACACAUGAGAACACACA